AUGUCUUCGAGUAACUUUGAGACUGGAGAACGGGUGCGGAUCGCUCACCAAGGGAAUCCGCAGUCGUCUAGCUUGCAAGCAGAUAUGGAUGCCAAGAAAGCCCUACUUUCCCAAAAUAUAAACGGUUCAUUGAAUCACUCGGCAGCUCGACCUCCAAGAACUACCGGUGCCGGUUUUAAAUAUGGUGAGAGGAAACCUAAACGACAAAAGGGAAGUGAUGAGGAUGACGAAGAUUAUGUUGAUGAAGCAAUUCCAAGUGAAGAUGAAGAAGACUUCGAUGUGAAUGAAGAAGAAGACGAUGAUGAUGAUUAUGAGGAGGAGGAAACUUCUAGAAAAAGAAAAACUCCUGCGAAGAAAAAGACGGCCGCUCCUCGUGAAAAUUAUCGAAGAGAAGACUCUGAAACUCCGGAACCUGAAAUGAAAAGAAUCAGGACACUUUCCGAUUCGAGUGAUGAUGAAUGGCUGACCAAACCUCGUUUUAACGGCUCUGUGUCGCCAAAGAAUGUCAUGCGAACACAAAUGGCGAAACGCUCAGCUGCUUCUAAACGUAAAAUUAUAAUAGACGACGAAAGUGAUGAUGAUUUCAUCAACGAUGAUGAUGCAUCCGAUAAGGAGUCUGGGAAAAAUUCAGAAAAAGGCUCGAGUAAAGAUUCCGAUAAAGUUUCGGACAACGAAGAAUUGACUAUGAGACAAGGACAAAGUUUGAAAGCUGCUGUUGAAAAGACACAGAAACAAGUCAAAAAGAAGGUAGAAUCUGAUGAAGAUUGGGAAGAAGACGAGGACGAUAUUAAUGCUGAUGGGGACGAAACGCCGUCCGAUGACAGUGACAUCGAAGAACGCCGGGCAAAACGUGGAGAAACGAAGAAUCAAAAAGAAUGCCGAGAGUUUUUCAACUCUGCUACAAAAGAACUACUCCUUCAACAAGCUCGUGUCAACGAUAAGAUUGCUGAGUUUUUUAUUGCGAAUAGACCAUUCGAAACAUACAACGUAAUGAUGAAUACUAUGAGAGGUGUGACAAGAGGUACGAAUGCAAUUGAAGCAUACAUGGAGUAUUUGGAGAAACGAGGCAUCUUGUCACGUAUUCUCGAUGACUGUAAAGAUCACGCAAAAACCGUAGCGAAAGACUUCGAACGAUGUACGGAAGGUCCGUUGGAGUUGCCGUUGUUGAAAGAAGGAUGUACUUUACAUGAUUACCAACUCGUUGGAGUCAAAUGGCUCAUCAUGAUGAACAAUAAAGAACUGAAUGCAAUUCUUGGAGAUGAAAUGGGUUUAGGAAAAACCAUUCAAAUCGUCGCAUUCCUGUCUUACCUGAAACAAAUAGGUAAAACUGGUCCACAUCUUAUUGUCGUGCCUUCAUCUACUAUCGAGAAUUGGAUUGGCGAGUUUCAUAAAUGGUGUCCCAGCCUCAAGUUGCUCACAUACUACGGAACUCAAGACGAGAGGAAACAUUUGCGGCAUAGAGUGAAGAAGCAAAAAGACAAUAUUGACGUGAUUCUGACUACGUACAACAUGGUCACAUCCAAAUCUGAUGACAAGAAGUUUUUCAAAAACUUCUCUCUGAACUAUGUUAUUUACGACGAAGGCCACAUGCUCAAGAACUGUGACUCCGAUCGCUACAAAGGAUUGAUGAAAGUCAAAGGAAAACGAAAGAUUCUAUUAACGGGAACACCACUCCAGAACAAUCUCAUUGAGUUAAUCUCUCUCAUGUACUUUGUUUUGUUCAAAGUUUUCAACAAGUAUUGCGAAGACAUCACACAUCUUCUUCAACAUUUCAAACAACUGGGUCCUGCUCUCGAAUCUAAGGAUAAAGCUUUGUAUCAACAGGACAGAAUUGAAGAAGCGAAAUCCAUUCUUCAGCCAUACAUUCUUCGACGUCUCAAAAAUCAAGUUCUAAGCAGUUUACCAUCUAAAUCAGAACAAAUUAUUGAAGUUGAAAUGAAGAAACCCCAAAAACAGUUGUAUGAUGAUAUCGUGGAUGUGUUACAAAGACCGGAAGAAGCCGGCGAUUCUUAUGGUUCACUCAUGAGGCUUCGUCAAGCAGCCAAUCAUCCCCUGCUUCGUCGCUCUGAAUACACUGAUGCAAAGUUGGAUAAGAUAGCGAAGUUGCUUUGCCUACGAGAGAAAGCUUACGCCGAUAAAAAAUGGCAGCAUGUAUCUGAAGAUCUUGCCUGGCUCUCAGAUAUUAAAAUUCACCAGCUUUGCGAAAAAUUCCGUUGUACCAGUAAAUUUUUGUUGAAUGAGGAAUUGGCUCUCAAAAGUGGAAAAUGUGAGCAACUCGAUAAAAUGUUACCAGAAAUCCAAAAGAAGGGAGACAAGGUUUUGAUCUUUUCUCAAUUCACGUCAAUGCUAGAUAUCUUGGAAGUGUAUCUCAACAUUCGUGGCUACUCGUACAAAAGACUUGAUGGCCAGACACCUGUUCUCGAUCGACAAGAAAUGAUCAAUGAGUUCAAUAUAUCAAAAGAUCUCUUCGUAUUUCUUUUAUCCACAAAAGCAGGAGGACUAGGAAUCAACUUGACAUCAGCGAAUCAUAUUAUCAUUCAUGAUAUCGAUUUCAAUCCUUACAACGAUAAGCAAGCUGAGGACAGAUGUCACCGAAUGGGACAAGAGAAGUCAGUUCAUGUCACUCGUCUAGUCAGCAAAUGUACUGUUGAAAUCGGAAUGCUUGCGUUAGCUAAAAAGAAACUACAAUUAGAGAAACAAGUGACAGAUGGAGUGAAAGGACAACUUGAUGAAGAUACACUUCGUGAGCUAAGAGAAGAGGAAGGUGGGGAACAAAUAGAAGGGAGAGAUCUUAGUAAACUGCUCUCAUCUGCUAUCAAUGGCAGAUAUGAUGAUGUAGAAGAUUCUGGAGAUUCAAAUGGAGUUGAUGCUAAAGAAGACGAAUCUAAACCCUCUACAUCUGCAUAA